GAACGACGAAUCCUCCUUCUAUAUCACAUUCUUACAUUCAAGAUGGCACCAUCAGCAGUAGAAACCGCGGCUACUACAAUCCCUGAAGCUGUCUCCACCACACCUCAAGUCCAAACUCAAGUAACCUUAGGAGGAAAGAUAAUAGCCAUCACUGGAGCGAAUCGAGGAAUCGGUCUCGGUAUUGCGGAAUGCUGUCUCGUCAACGGUGCCGCGAAAGUCUACUCGAUCGAUAUCACUGACCCGGGAGAUGAAUUCGCGCUCAGCGCCAAGAGAUUCCCAGGGAAGAUUGGAUCUGUCCAAGCAGAUGUAACAAAAGAAGACAGCGUUACGGCGGCAGUGGACAAGAUUAUCGAAGAGAGCGGUGCUUUGCACGGAAUGGUCGUGAAUGCAGGACGAACAAACCACAAGUCGGCACUUGACUUUACACAAGCUGAGAUUGAAGCUUUGUUCAACGUCAACCUCUUCGGUGCCUUCUACUGCGCACGAGUCGCAGCGCGCGCUUUCAUCAAGCACAACAUCAAAGGCGCAAUUGUCUUCACAGCCUCGAUGGCCUCCUACCAACCCAACAAGCGCGUCCCAUCAACACCAUACGGCGACUCAAAAGCCGGCGUACGAAACAUGACACACACCUUAGCCAUGGAGUGGGCGAAAUACGGCAUCCGCGUCAACAGCGUCUCGCCAGGUUUGGUCAACACGGCCAUGACAUAUUGGGUACCGCAACAACCGGAUUGGGAACAACAAUUGAAGUACUAUGGUGGAUUCCCUAGAUUGGCGGAGGUGCAGGAGUUGGGUGGUGCGUAUGUGUAUCUGUUGAGUGAUGCGGCUAGCUAUACCACAUCGAUUGAUAUCCCUGUCAAUGGAGUUAUUGGAAUCUGCUAGUGCUAGAU